AUGUCGGUAGCCAGAGCCAUGCGAUGUCCUUGCUUGCCGGCGCAAUCCAAGCAACCUCUAAGCCUACUGGUAACUGCUUUAAUUGCAAGCGCCCAGGCCAUUUUGCCAAGCACUGCAGAGCCCCUGGCGGGGGGGGCAAACAAGGAUGGUGCUGCCUCUAAGGCUAAACCUUCUGAAUUUGCCAUUGAUUUGAUCAAUCAAGAGACCAAAGACUCUGUUUUACCUGGUGAAAUUGUGCUUAUGCCCACUCAAUUGGCAGGUCCCCUGCCUCCUAAAGUCGCAGGUUUAAUUUUACCCAAAUUUUCUGCGGCAAAGGAAGGAAUCCAGGUUAUUCCUGGAGUUCUGGAUCCUGACUAUGUAGGCACAAUAAUGGUUCAACUCUGGAGCCAUAUGCCCAUGCAAUUAAAAAGGGUGAGUCUUGGGCGCAUUUGGUGGUGCUCCCUUCUCAUCCUACUGCUUCUAUUAUGGAUACUAAUUUGCACGAGCUCUCUUCUUUCCCUCCACAGCUGUUAGCUGUAGUCCAGAGGAUUGGUGAGAAGAAACUUCUUCGUAAGUAUAAAAUCAAUGGUAUUGUGCUGGAAGGCUUGAUUGACACAGGCGCAGACGUUUCUGUAAUUUCUAGUAGUUGCUGGGACCCCACGUGGCCCCUUGAGUCUGCUUCUGCAGUCUGGGGUGUGGGUGACCCCCAAACCUCUUCCAAAAGCGUACAGUGGCUGCCUGUUUCUCUGCCUGAUAGCUCUGAAACCAUUGCUUACAUCCAGCCCUGUGUGCUGAAAAUCCACCUCAAUCUGUGGGGAAGAGACUUGCUACAACAAUUACAAGCUACCAUUCAAUUUAAUGAGUAAGCUUGCACUUCCCCUCAACUGGAAAUCUUCUGGUCGUGUCCUGGCUAUACGUUUAAUUACAUUCCAGCAAUACAUCAGCCAUGGCACACCUUGCUGUUUAAGCCGUUUGUCCAUCAUUUUACCCAAGAAGCAUCAUUUAUCCCGCUCUCGAUAUCACUGCAAUAUUGAAUUGACUAAUGAUUGUGAUGCUUUUGUCUCUCUUCUCAGUAGGUCUGAAUAUAUCUCUUUAGCUGUUUCUCUCUUAGGAGUCCCUGGAUUGGCUGUACGGAAUCGUAUGAACAUUACUUCUUUAGCUUGUUAUGCAGCAAAAACUCUGAAUUAUAUUUCACAAGCCCUUCACCUUUUGAAUAAAGAACAGUGCACUCCACAAUGGACUUUUACAAAAUCCUUUUACAAAAUGGACUUUUUACAUUAUAUAACCCCCUUUUGAAUAAAGAACAGUGAACUAUAUAAUGGACUUUUAUGAAAUCGUGCUGCUAUCACUAUUUGCUCAUGCUUCAUCAUUAUGGCUGUGAACAAGUGAAUGACAUGUGUUGUUUCAAUAUUACUGACAAUUCAAGAGCCAUUCAAAGCCAAAUCUCUCAUUUGCAAAAUCUUACACAUCACAUUAAACAGGACAUUGGUUUUCCUGGCCUCUGGGAUUCUUUCACCCAGUGGCUUACCGCUUGGUUGCCAAACCUUACUUGGCUUCGUAAUCUUUUUCAAUAUGCUAUUGUUAUAAUAUGUUUAUUAACUUUACUAUGCUGUUUUCUUCAAUGCGUUCCUAGCCUCAUGACUCUUUUCUCUCGGCUUCUCUCCCCCCCUCCACCACCCAGUAAACUCCUUGCUGCUUACAUUGCGAAAUGGCAACACCAACAGUAAACCUUAGGGGAGAUGUGGGCGGAUUUAUUUUGGGCAUGCGCUGGCAAACCACGUAUCCUGAAGUACUUUUGUCCCAUCGACCCUGGCAGGCUUAUUUCGGGCAUUCGCUGGCACACCACUAAUCCCGAAGUAUUUUUGCCUUAUCCACCUGGAAUGCCUCGCAAACAAGAAAAGAAAGGGGGAGAUGAAGGGAAGUUUUCUUUCUGCAGUUCUCUCACUGUGAAGUUCUCUUUCUGCAGUUCUCUUACUGCACAUAACUGUUGCAUUGUGGGAAGUCUUACUAUGAAAUCUUUCUAUGCUUACUAUGAGCACUAUUGCUUCUUUUCUCUCUUACAUUCUGGGAAGUUUUUGCCUCUGCACAUAAGUCUGAGAAUGUUCUGAACAGUUCCCAUUGAGUUCAUGAAACAGUGUAUCCUGACCUGUUCUUAAUGCAUUGCUGACCACAUUUACGGAACGUGAUUGUUGUAUUCCUUCAUGUUAUGUUCUCUCAAUAUCAAUCUUUAGUUAUAAUUUAAUUAGGAGGUUUCAUGCCUGUCUAGUUCCAGCUCCGCUCCCAGUCUUUUGAACUAUCACUGAUUAAUGUAAUAUGUAAUGCCCGCCUUGUACCUAUGUUAACCAAUCAGCAACAAGAUGCUUUGUGUUUGUAUCAGCCAAUCAGCCACAAGCACACCUGUGGCAAUGUUUGUAAUAUUCAAUAAAAGAGAGUUCCCGGGACUUGCCCCGGGCAGACGUCUCUCCUUUGACACCCACCAUUCGUCUGUCGUGAUUUCAACCCAACAGUUAUUUAUUUUAAUAAAUAUAGUUUGUAUGUGUCCAAGGACGAAUGAAAGUCUAACUUGUAUUUUUGCUUCACCUUCAUAUUUUAAAUGAUCUUAGAGUGGCUGUCUUAUUCCAAAAUAAUUUUAGAAAUACACUUGAAAGAGAAACAAAAUAAAAUAAAAUAAAAUAAUUCCUUCCAGUAGCACCUUAGAGACCAACUAAGUUGGUUAUUGGAAUGAGCUUUCGUGUGCAUGCACACUUCUUCAGAUAAGCUCAUUCCAAUAACUAACUUGAGGUGCUACUGGAAGGAAUUUUUUUAUUUUCUUUAUUUUAUUUUGUUUUGACUACGGCAGACCAACACGGCUACCUACAUGUAACUAGAACUUGAAAGAGAAGUUGGAGAAAUACAACUCAUUACCAAACUAAAAACUAUGGAGAGACCUGGUCUGAAUAGAGAUAAUGGAUUCAUGUCCCAUUAUACAUACUAAAACUAAUUUUGGUCAUCUAUCCUUUAAAAAUCCUUUGCCCUUCCCUGUGGAACCAACUGCCAUAACAGUCAUCAACAGUUAAAAGGUUGAAGCGAUCUCUGCUUCAGAGUAUCUGACAAAGUGUGUAUUACACACGAAAGCUCAUACCUUGAAAGCUUAUAUUUAGUUGAUCUUUAAGGUGCCACUGGAAUUAUUUUUUAAAAAUCAUCUUUCAGUUUGUUAUUUAUUAUGACUAUGACAGAUCAACACGGCUAUCCACCUGAAUCUAUAUUUUAAAUGAGUUCAUCUAUUCAAUUAAAAAAAAAAAUCACAUCAGCUUAAAGAAAAUUAUCGUUUGACCAAAACUACGUGCUUAAGAUCCAAUAAUAAUAAUAAUAAGCAUGGCAGAAAACUGGAAAGUGUUUGGGACAGAUGCUUGGAGCUGUGCAUGGCUUUAUAUAUUAUCACUUGCAACAUAAGAAAAGCUCUGCUUGGCUGCCCUAUAACCAGCCUAAAAAGUUCAGGGUGGGGACACCCAGCAAGCAGUUUGGGGCAUCGUAUCCCCCUGUACAUAUUAAUGCUUUACUUUGUAUUCAUUAAGGCUGUCCUCGUGAUAAUGAUAAUUAAAGGUUCAUUUGUCAUCUGUUCUUCAAUUGUACUCUGAUCAAUCAAUUGCCUCACAAAGUUGUAAUGUAACUUCCAGCUGGUAUACAUUACACAACUGAUAGCUAAAUUUGCACUGGCAGAUCAGAAGAUGUGGUCUAGACAUACUGAAAAUUAUGAUGUAUUAUAACAUUUUUUUCAUAAUAUUUUAUUGAGUUUUCCAAUUUAAUAAUCCAAUAAAAAAACGCAUUAUAUUCCAAAUUACAACACAAUCCAGGAGAAGGGUCCAGCAGGUUCUGCAAAUUGGUGCUGCCUAUCAGGAGUACUCCCCUUUCAGUAACCCCCCUACACACUCUCUAGCAAUGAGAGCAAGAGGGGAAGGUUGACCAGCCAAGGGAAGAGAAGUAGCUGGAGUCUCUGGUGCCACCCAAGCUUUCAGAGCCCCACCGCCAUCACCAGUCUAUGUUAUCUAGGAGGAGUUACAGAAGGAAGGAGUAUUUACUGUAGAUCAGCUGGUGCAUAGAAGUGAACGUCUGGCCAAACAUCAUCUGCUGGACACCAGGACUUAAAUACCUGUUUGUGGGAAUUUGCGUUUGCUCCAACUUUCUGUGGCUACAACAACUGUGCCUUAAGGAACUGAUGCACCUGCUCCCUGUAUCAAUGAAUGCUAUAAACUAGAAACCUUUGGACUACUAUCUGAUUUUGUGGAGAGCCGGGACAGACGGCCAGGUAGCUGUGGAAGCCUCACACCCCACACACCCACACCCAUCAGGAAGCUGUCUCCAAAUCACUUCCUCCUUCAGGAUCCCCAGUUGAUUUUCUGCCUUGUGGAAGUAGGCAGAGUUUUUUUGGGCUCCCACAUGGGUAUAAUAGCUAUUAUUAUUAUUAUUAUUAUUAUUAUUAUUAUUUUAUUGUUGACUGCCCUCGCUCCUCCACAAGGCAACAAGGUGAAAUUGUUGCUCAUUUUCCCACUUUGGUCAGGAAUAGUAUUUCCUCCAACAGCAAAGAGAUAGUACUACAGGGUCCCUGAUCCAGUUCACAGUGGGAGUCCUUCUGGAGUGCAGGAAAUCAGGGAAGAUCAAGCCCAAGGAGAAGGCCAAGAGUAUUCACCAGCCACAUUCCUCUUUCUGUGACAUGACAGCAAACAGAAAAGUUCAUUAUGGAGUCUGACUGGUGAAAGGGUCAGGUUCUGAAGCACACCACCUUUCUGGCCCAAGCACCACUGCCCAGAGAAGAAAAUGGCUCAUUUAGUGCAAUAAUUGGCUAUCCGUGAGCCAAUGGAUAGGACAGCUGCUCCUGUUUUUCAGUUCACAGUAACUGUGACAGGAGGUCUUUGGAUCAGCUGACUACCACAAACUGCUGCAUUUGCUGCCCGAGUGAAUGUAUAACAGCCCCUUGGCAGAGUCUGCCGCAGCUGUGGUAAGGAUGAAUAACCUGCUUUUGCCCUUCCUUCUCCCCAUUGUAAUAUCUAACGGUUUCUGUAUUCUGUAGUUCAGUGGAAGGAGAGAAAAUAAAAACCCCAAAUGAUGCUGGCCGCAUAAUUCUCUCACACACAAACACAUCAUCUUGAAAAAUGCUAGCUUUAAUUUAGGAUUCAUUCUCCAUUCUCGCUCUACCAUUCCAUUUUCUAUUUUCAACUUGGAGCCAACAAUUUUUGGUUGUUGGGCCAACUCUUCACUGGGCUGUCCCUUCUCAUGGGAGAGUGAGUUUUAACUGUUACAGGCCGAAGAGAGGCUGGGACCAGGUACUCUGGGUCUACAUGUUUCUCAGAUAAGCCCCUUAAGUAAACUUUUUGCAUAUUAAGAGGCUUGACAGGAGAUAUCUGACAGGCUGGCUGACAGGCUAUCUGUCAGGCUAUCUGUCCGGAUAUCUGACAGGCUAUCUGUCCGGAGAUGUUGCCUCCAAUGCCGCUUGCAUUCCCCAUCAUUCUGCACUGGCACCCCACGUUGGACGGUGCUGGUAGCAUGUGCCGACAGCGGAAAAGCCAGCAAAGGAACCCACAGCUUGGUGCACACAACAGGAUGCGUCGCACAGUGCCCACAACGUUACACGGCGCUCCGGGUGCUGCGCGCACAGCCGAAACAGUUAACCGCCAUGCGGGGGGGAGGCAGCAGGCAGACAGCACGGCGACUGUGCGUGCUGCCCAACAUUUUGUCCCCCCCACCACAGAACCUGCACCCCCCUUCGUACGCCCCUGUGCGUGGGAUGCUGGCACCCCUUUUGAUUGGUGCUGUGAGUCCCUGCGAGUCCCUAAAGGUUCUAAAGGUACUGUAUUUUUUGCUCUAUAAAACUCACUUUUUCCCUCCUAAACAGUAAGGGGAAAUGUGUGUGUGUCUUAUGGAGCGAAUGGAGGCUGCACAGCUAUCCCAGAAGCCAGAAUAGCAAGAGGGAUCGCUGCUUUCACUGCACAGCGAUCCCUCUUGUUGUUCUGGCUUCUGAGAUUCAGAAUAUUUUUUUUCUUGUUUUCCUCCUCCUAAAACUAGUCUUAUGGUCUGGUGCGUCCUAUAGAGUGAAAAAUAUGGUAAACAACUAUUUCCUAAAAAAAAGUCAACAACUUUGGGGAUCCCCCCCUAAGAAAGGUCAACAACUCUGGGCAACCUAGGGGCGCUGGGUGGAUCUUUGCACCCUGGUGCCGCAUAUGCUUAAGACAGUACUGUGAAUGAGCUCAGUAGAAGGCAGUUCUCUCCUGUUCUGCUUAGAGUGUCUCCUUCUUUCCUCUUUACAGACUUUAGUUUCAAGGAUGGGACUGGGGCAAUGACAAGAAGAUCGUUGCCUCCACUUGGGUUGACGGUGUGCUAUAAGACUGGUCUCCUCAUACUGCAGGGUCUUCCAUUUUACAGCGUGUACAUUCUAGAAGGGGAGGGGAGGGAAAGUGCCCUGCUGCAGGAAUUCCUUUCCUCUUCUUAGAUGGCAUUUUUGAGGGACAGGCAAGGACAGUGCCAUCCUGUUUCGUCACCCGAUAUGAAAUGGGAAGGUGCCGCCCCAACUCACCACCCCCAAGCCUCCCUUUUUACAUAUAUAGGUACCGUAUUUUUUGCCCUAUAGGACACACUUUUUCCCCUCCAAAAAUGAAGGGGAAAUGUGUGUGCGUCCUAUGGGGCGAAUGCAGGCUUCAGGAGAGCCCCAGCGCCAGCCCCACAAGCUCGGGGGACAGCGGGGAGGCGGAACGCCGCCACCCCGCUGUCUCCCGAUGUGGUUUGGAGGCUGACAGCGGGGAGACGCAUGCUUCUCCCUGCCGCCAGCCCCGCAAGCUCAGGGGACAGCGGGGAGGCGCAGCGCACCUUCCCACUGUUUCCAGACCUGGUUUGAAGGCUGGCGGCGGGGAGAAGAGCGCUUCUCCCCGCUGCUGGCCCCACAAGUGCCUGGGGGGGAAAUAAAAGUUUUUUUCUUUAUUUCCCCCCCAAAAAACCAGGUGCGUCCUAUGGGCCGGUGCGUCCUAUGGGGCGAAAAAUACGAUAAAAAUUUUAUUUGAUUUUACAAAUAUAGGAUUAUAACAAUCCAAAUUACAUAUCCCUAUUUAGAGAUUUCUCCAAAUCGCUGGACUUCCCACCUUCCCCUCCAUGGAUCCUAUUGUCCACCUUCUUAACUGCAUAUUAUUUCAUAGUCCAUAUUUUAUAUCUUUCCAUAUUAUCCAUAAUAUUCGCUACAUUACAAGUGUUAUUAAAAUCCUGCUAAGGUUUUCAUCUGAUUACAGUGGUCUCCUAGAUAAAUUAUAAUUGUUUCCCAUUCUUUGCUGAAGUUUUGGUCUUCUUGGUUCCUGAGCCUUCCGGUCAGUUUUGUCAUUUCGGCAUAGUCCAACAGCUUGGUUUGCCAUUCCUCUCUGGUAGGGACUUUGUCUUCUUUCCAUCUCUGGGCUAGUAGCAUCUGCGUUGCUGUUGUCACAUACAUGAAAAGUCUUUUCUGUUCCUUUGGAAUGCUGGUACCUACAAUUCCUAAUAAAAGGCUUCUGCGUUUGUUUGUUUGUUUUUACAAAAGUUAUUUUAAACAUUUUUUUCAAUUCAUUAUUUUGGUAUUUCUUAGAACGGCCAGCUGGCAGGGAAACAGUUCAGGGCUAGGAGGUGCCUGGAGGAGCUGGUCCUGGAGCAGAGCGGAUGGAAUGAGCCCUGCUUCCUAUCUCUCCCAUUCAGGCAGCCUGAUGGAAUUACCAGGGAAUAAGUUCCAUUGCAAGAAAGCUAAGUGGCUGUCCAACGAGGCCUUACAAAUAGCGGGGGAGAGAAGGCAAGCAAAAUGCGAGGGAGAUAGUGAAAGAUACAGGAAAUUGAAUGCAGAUUUCCAAAGAAUAGCAAGGAGAGACAAGAAGGCCUUCUUAAACGAGCAAUGCAAAGAAAUAGAGGAAAACAACAGAAUGGGAAGAACCAGAGAUCUGUUCAAGAAAAUCGGAAAUAUGAAAGGAACAUUUCGUACAAAGAUUACCAUAAUAAAGGACAAAAGUGGUAAGGACCUAACAGAAGCAGAAGACAUCAAGAAGAGGUGGCAAGAAUACACAGAGGAAUUAUACCAGAAAGAUAUGGAUGUCUUGUACACCCCAGGUAGUGUGGUUGCUGACCUUGAGCCAGACAUCCUGGAGAGUGAAGUCAAAUGGGCCUUAGAAAGCACUGCAAAUAACAAGGCCAGUGGAAGUGAUGGUAUUCCAGCUGAACUAUUUAAACUUUUAAAAGAUGAUGCUGUUAAGGUGCUACACUUAAUAUGCCAGCAAGUUUGGAAAACUCAGCAGUGGCCAGAGGAUUGGAGAAGAUCAGUCUACAUCCCAAUCCCAAAGAAAGGCAGUGCCAAAGAAUGCUCCAACUACCGCACAAUUGCACUCCUUUCACACGCUAGCAAGGUUAUGCUUAAAAUUCCACAAGGAAGGCUCAAGUAGUAUGUGGACCGAGAACUCCCAGAAGUGCAAGCUGGAUUUAGAAGAGGCAGAGGAACCAGAGACCAAAUUGCAAACAUGCGCUGGAUUAUGGAGAAAGCUAGAGAGUUCCAGAAAGACAUCUACUUCUGCUUCAUUGACUAUGCAAAAGCCUUUGACUGUGUCGACCACAGCAAACUAUGGCAAGUUCUUAAAGAAAUGGGAGUGCCUGAUCACCUCAUCUGUCUCCUGAGAAAUCUCUAUGUGGGACAAGAAGCUACAGUUAGAACUGGAUAUGGAAAAACUGAUUGGUUCAAAAUUGGGAAAGGAGUACGACAAGGCUGUAUAUUGUCUCCCUGCUUAUUUAACUUAUAUGCAGAAUUCAUCAUGCGAAAGGCUGGGCUGGAUGAAUCUGAAGCCGGAAUUAAGAUUGCCGGAAGAAAUAUUAACAACCUCAGAUAUGCAGAUGACACAACCUUGAUGGCAGAAAGUGAGGAGGAAUUAAAGAAACUUUUAUUGAGGGUGAAAGAAGAGAGCGCAAAAUAUGGUCUGAAGCUCAACAUCAAAAAAACGAAGAUCAUGGCCACUGGGCCCAUCACCUCCUGGCAAAUAGAAGGGGAAGAAAUGGAGGAAGUAAGAGAUUUUACUUUCUUGGGCUCCAUGAUCACUGCAGAUGGUGACAGCAGUCACGAAAUUAAAAGACGCCUGCUGACAAACCUAGACAGCAUCUUAAAAAGUAGAGACAUCAUCUUGCCAACAAAGGUCCGUAUAGUAAAAGCUAUGGUUUUCCCAGUAGUGAUGUAUGGAAGUGAGAGCUGGACCAUAAAGAAGGCUGAUCGCCGAAGAAUUGAUGCUUUUGAAUUAUGGUGCUGGAGGAGACUCUUGAGAGUCCCAUGGACUGCAAGAAGAUCAAACCUCUCCAUUCUGAAGAAAAUCAGCCCUGAGUGCUCACUGGAAGGACAGAUUGUGAAGCUGAGGCUCCAGUACUUUGGCCACCUCAUGAGAAGAGAAGACUCCCUGGAAAAGACCCUGAUGUUGGGAAAGAUUGAGGGCAGAAGGAGAAGGGGACGACAGAGGAUGAGAUGGUUGGAUGGUGUUCUUGAAGCUACCAGCAUGGGUUUGAUCAAACUGCGGGAGGCAGUGGAGGACAGAAGUGCCUGGCAUGCUCUGGUCCAUGGGGUCAUGAAGAGUCAGACACGACUAAACGACUAAACAACAACAAGUUCCAUUGAACUCAGUGCAAUAAGGGACCCCUGACCAUUAGGUCCAGUCGUGUCUGACUCUGGGGUUGCGGUGCUCAUCUCGCUUUAUUGGCCGAGGGAGCCAGCGUGGUCAUGUGGCCAGCAUGACUAAGCCGCUUCUGGCGAACCAGAGCAGCGCACGGAAAUGCCGUUUACCUUCCCACCGGAGCAGUACCUAUUUAUCUACUUGCACUUUGACGUGCUUUCAAACUGCUAAGUUGGCAGGAGCAGGGUCCGAGCAAUCCCCGUCGCGGGGAUUCAAACCACUGACCUUCUGAUCAGCAAGUCCUAGGCUCUGUGGUUUAACCCACCCGCGUCCCCAACAUGCAGAAUACUGCGCAGUUAAGUAGCUAUUGAGUGUUAAAAAUGCAGCUUGUGGCCUUCCCUUUGCAUACUACCCAGCUCCCCAAAUUCUACACUUUGAAAAUUUAGCACAAUUCCACUUUGUUUGAAGCUCCAGGCACCCUCAGCUGCCCCCUCUAGGUGAUAGAGGAUGCCCUAGGAAGGUGACUAAACGCUGUAACUUCUCAUUACCCACAGAACAGUUCAAGGCUUCCCUCUAGUGGCUAGAAGUUGUCAAAAGGCAUGUUUUGAUGUGAUUCAAUGCAGAGGUGAACAGCCUUCCAGCAGGCAAGAUCAACUUUGCUUUCUACCACACACCCAUAACUGGAGCCAGGUACAAAAGGCAUGCACUUCAAGAUUUUGGAGGCUGGGAAUUUGUCUCGAGUAAUGGAACUGAGGUGAGUUCACAGUCCUUCCAUCCAAAUAUCUGUUCCUGAUCAGCUCCUUCCUCCCAGCUUUACUCAUUUUAGCAGUAUAAUUUCAGGGGGAAGUUGUUUUGUUGUUGCCACAGCAUAUCACCCAGAGAUCUACCAGUAGUUCCCGAUCUAUUUUGUUCCUGCCCCUGUGAUGUAGCCCAAGUUCCUACAUAUUUUGGAUAUUUCUUGGCAGGGGGCCCUUGACAGUGUCUUCCUCAGGGGUCAGCAAACGUUUCCAGCAGGGGGCCAGUCCACUGUCCCUCAGACCUUGUGGGGGGCCGGAGUAUAUUUGGGGGGGGGGGGAUGAAUGAAUUCCUAUGCCCCCAAAAUAAGCCAGAGAUGUAUUUUAAAUAAAAGCACACAUUCUACUCAUGUAGAAACACGCUGGUUCCCGGACUGCCCCUGGGCUGGAUUGAGAAGGCAAUUGGACUGGAUCCGGCCCCCGGGCCUUAGUUUGCCUACCCAUGCUCUUGCUCCUAAGGAAAGCACUGGGCUGAACACAAUGCAAUGCUUUCUCAUAGAGGAGGUGCGGAUCUGUGACUUGGGUAGUCCAAACCAUCGGGUAGUCUGACCAUCAGUUCCUUAUGUGAAAUUGUCAGGCUUGAAUGAGGCCGACGGAAUAGGUUGCAAUGCCAGCUUGGCUCUGUGGGUUUGUGUGUGGUGCUUUCAACAGUUACUCUAGUUUGCAAAGUGGUUCACAGGCCCCUGAAGUCUGGCAAACCCUGGUGUUAGUGGUUAGAGUGCUGGACUUGGAAUCUCAUAUUCAAAUCUUUGCUGAGCUACAAAGGUCACUGGGUCACCUUGGGCCACUCACAUGUCCCCAAUUUAACCUACUUUGCAGGGUAGGAUAAAAUAAGGUGACUAUUGAGUCUGCCACUCUUGAGCUCCUCAGAGGAAAUGUGAGAGGUGAUUGUGUUGAGAGAUAAAGGGUGUGGGGAAUAUUCUGGCCCCUCACUCUGAGAAUUUACACCUUCCUCUGAGAGUUGGAGAAGAAGAUUAAAAUCUUGUAACCACAGGCUAGUUGCUGUGAGAUCCAGCUGUCUUCUCUAUGCCCAAAUGGGGCUGAGGCAGGAACUCAGUUCCUCUCACAUUUUAAAGUGAACCCUACCUAAUUCACACAUCCCAAAACAAGAAUUGAAUAAAAAUGCAUCUAUCUUGAGAAAUUCUCCAGUUCUCCAGCUAAAACAUGUAUAUUAGGGGAAAGAAUAUUGGCGAGAACUAUGCACAAAAAUGCAUCUAGGGAAAUCUGCUUGGGGAAAAAAGUACAUAGGGAAAAUUUGCAAUAAAAUGCUAACAGAUUUUCAUGAGGACUUUAAAAAACACACCCACACACUGCAAAAUAUGUAUAGCAAAAAUAGUGCUCCAUCAGUGUUAGAUUGAUUUGAUAAUCAUGAACUAUCAGAGUGUCAAAUUUAACAUAAUACAGUAGAUAAUAAACAAUUGUCCAAGUUCUUAUUUGUUCAUCAACCAUCAGGACAAUAUUCAACCACAUAGUGCCUUUGCUUUAUUGUAAAUAUGCAGACUGCAUAUAGAUUACAUACAUGUUUGCGAUAAUCAACAUUUGUAAAUAAAAUUUUGUUAUAAAUAUGAAAAAAAUCACAAACUGGUGUAGAUAUGCGGCAAACUGAGCUGAAGAAUGGGAGCAUAAGAAACUGAAGUUGAGAGAUUGGAUCAUCUGUCGGUGUCUCUUGGCUUUUCAUUUUUCCAAUUUGAAUUUAUGUUCCCCACAUUUCCACAUCAACUUGCAAUUAUUAUUAUUUUUAAAGGUCCUCAUGAAAACCCAGCAGCAUUUUAGUGUGAAUUUCUCCUGAUAUGCAUAUUUUUCUAUGCAACUUUGCCAAAUGUAUGCACUUUUACAAAGCAAUUUCCCCUAAUAGAGCUUUAUGUUAUUUUCACUAAUAUACAUCAAUAUGCACACUUUACCUUAGUAUAUGCAUUUUUGUACGCAUUACUCGGCUAGCGAAUGGCAAUGCAAAAAGCAGGUUUUGAAGAUGGCUUCUGCUCAUGUAUUGUUUUGGAAAAUAUGAAUUAGGCCUGUUCACUUUUACAUGUGGACUGAAUCAAAUUCCUUCUCCUCCUUAUGAGUUCCAAGCCACUUUUUGCAUGGACACCCGACCCACCAGCUGGGCUCCUUAGACAUCUCCAAAUGUCAGUCUUCAGAGGCUCGAUCCUUGCAGUCCACUCCGGCCCAGGUAGCAGCUUUGGUUCCAGGCCCGGCUUUCCCGCAAGCUUUGUGGGUAGGUGUUUCCUCCUCUCUCUCUCUCUCUCUCUCUCUCUCUCUCUCUCUCUCUCUCUCUCUCCCCGCUUGACUCAGCUCUCCUGCUAGGGCUGUUUCUGAGCUGCAUUGAGAAAGUACAAGGCAGGCAGAGGAGGAAGAGGAAAGUGGGGAUGACUCAAGAGAGCAAACUUCUGCUUUGCUCGAGAAAGAGCCGGGGAGGCUCCUCCAGGAUCCUUCGGCUGCCACAGUGACACUCAGUCGCGCACACCCCACCUUCCUGUGGCCGGCUGGGUCUUGCAGGGUAGGGACCCCACCUGGGCAGGUAACUUCCUCCUUCUCCUUUCCUGUUGGCAAACACUUCGGGCGUGAGGCUCAGGAGUCCCACCUUUGCAGGAGCAUAUGGGAGAGCUGAGACAGGAUCCGGGAGGGAAGGAACUGUGUAAUAUGCUGCGGAGUUGGUUUGGCUCUCAAGUUUCUGCUUGUCUCUCCGUCUCCCAGAUCCUGUUCAGCUGCGAAUACCUGUUAGGGGAGUGCCUGGAGGGAAGUGUAUGUAUAUUUGUGUGUGAUGGCCGCUUGCCCAUGCUGGUUGCCCGAGAGCUACAGUAUGCAUAUGCUAUGCCCGCGGUGCAAUUUCAGUCAUUUUAGGCUUGGAAUUAAUGGGCUGUUUUUUUGGGGGGGGGUUGAAAGGUGGGCCCCCCUUGUUACUUGACUUUACUGGUUUCAAAAUGUGGUGAGCCAGCGUUCUUGUGUUUCCGGGAGCCCCUCUGCUCACUCUGCAUGCUGUAGGACCCCUUUGCCACAAAAUCCUGCCUUGCCCUGUUCUCCUGUUUUGAUGCCACUCAAAGCCGCCACACUUCCCCCUUCGCGUGGAGCACCCAAGAAGAUUGGCAGGGCAGGGUGUGUUUGUGUGAAAGAACGGUUGGUUUGCAGACCCACUGAGAGAGGGGUCUCCUAAGGGGGUCCCCAGGCACCUCAGAGCUAGUGGUGCUGCCAGGGUGGGACUGUGGGGCAAAAGUGCAGAGCCCCCACCUGAGCAGGAGGGUCUCCAAUCACAGCAGGGCCAGUUUUACAAUUGUAGUCUCUGAAGUCAAGGGGAAGGUAUAGCUUGGUGGUGGAGCCUUGCAUGCAGAAGGUCUUGGGACUCCCGGUCUGAAAUCCUCAAGAGCAGCUGUCUGCCAGUGCAGAGAGUACUGAGCUAAAUGGACUGUUGGACUGACUCAGUGUAAGGCAGCUUCCUGCGUUCCUAUGUAACCAUUUUGAAGUAAGUGAAGGAAUGCACAUUACUAUUUAAAGCUCCCCGGCCCCAGCCAGGAGACCAUUGGCUCUAGAGUCUAAAAUUACCAAAGUGCACUGCUGUCCCAGAGGUGGCACAUGCGCGACCCCAAUAAAAACAGCAAAGGCAGUGAACUGGCAAGUCGGUAGGCCGUCCAUCCCUUUGCAUGCAAGAUCCCUGUGCUUUUAGCAGCUGGCAAAAACGGGAGCAUUUUGUUCAGCUUGCGUUUUCAUGCAAAGCUACCUGAUUUGCAAUUCCUGAGCGAAGGCAUAGCUGUCCUUCAAAAUGCAUACUUCUCUGAGUUUUUGUAGAGCAUUUCGCCAAACCAAAAAAUGCAGAGAUUGGUGAAAAUGAUGUACGAAACAGCUCUGCAUUAGAGGGAAAGGUUAGCAAAAAGCUUAUAUUAGAUAAAAUUGGGCACCAAACUGCAUAUUUUAGGAGAAAUUGAUGUGAAAAUGCAUAUGGAUUUUGUGCAGAUUUUUGUGGGGGAAAUGGCCAAUUGGUACAGAAACAGGAUGAACUGAACUUGAGGUUGGUAAAAUGAGAGCAUGAAAGAAUCCAAAUUUGACAGAUUCACGUAUCCCUAGACGGGAAUCAAACAUGGAGUGGUGUUGCCUGUCAUCACCCCCUUUGCUCUGAAACAAGUUGUUCCUGGACAGUAAUGUUUUUUCCUCACAAAAUGUACAACUGCUUGACCAGAUUCCAUGAGCUGUUAAAAACGGUGACUGUAGUGUCCCACCCCAGAGUUGGGUGCAGAUAGAUAAAGGAAAGUGCAAUGGGGUCAAACAGCGCUAGGCUCCUUCUCCUUAGGUUAGUCGGAAUUUGGAGGGACGUGAGCUGUCUUAAAGCAACAACUACUGCUCAUAUUUGGGAAGAAUGUUCUCCUUUUAAUAUUUUUCUUGUCUCGUUCCCUGUUUGAUAGCCUCAGAAACUAAACAAGGGCACCCUUAUCUUGCAGUCCCUCCAAUUAAGAUUGGCCUUUAUCUGUUAAUCAACUAAUUGUUUAAUUGAUUAAUCCAAUUAAAGUUGGCAACAUACCCUGAGCUCAUUUGUAUGGGGUGUGUGCUGUAUAUAAAUGCAUAUAUGGCUGAGGGUGUUCUCUGUUUGGCUAAGGUGUACCUGUGUGUCCAGCAGGUGGAGUUUUGUAAGUGCUUUUAGUGUGUCACGGGGCUAUUUGCAAAAGUUUGAUCAGCUUAUGCAUCUGGUUGUUUUUGUUUCUGCUGUGCUCUUCUGUAGUCUGUGCACUGUAUACUGCUUAUUUUCCUGUAUCCCGCCCACAAUAGUGGCUGAGCACCUCUCUCUUGUUUCCAUCGGAGACAGAAAUAGAACUGCAACCUGAACAUAUUUAGGAGUGUGGUAAGACCUCAGCCACAUUGGCUCCUUGUGUGAGGAGGAGGCAUGUUUGUUUGUGUCUGUAAAGGUCCUAGUUCUUCAGAAGAACUCUGGUCCUUGAGUUUGCUUUUGGCAAUUUCCUCAAGACAGUAGUCAUCUUUGCCUUCAAGGGAUGCUCAUGGGACCACAAUCGUUUGAGACUGAGGGAGCCUGCCUAGCUCAGUUAGUUAGAGCGUGGUGCUGAUAACGCCAAAGUUGCAGGUUCGAUUCCCCGUAUGAGACAACUGCAUAUUCCUGCAUUGCAGGGGGUCAGACUAGAUGAUCCGCAGGGCCCCUUCCAACUUUACGAUUCUAUAAUCUCCCACACUUCCGCUUCUCGUGUGAUGAGUAAGCGUGGGUCUGAGAGCUUUCCUGUCAAUAUUUCUAGGCUUGGGUCCUAGCAGUUUUCCGUUUGCCCCGCCGCUUUCCUCAGAAAAACCUGAUUGACAUUUGCUCUGAUUUCGCAGUAAGCAGUGGGAUUCCCCGGAAGGGAAGUGGCAGGGCAAACGGAAGUCUGGAUGAGCCCUAAUAUUUGUUGAUUGUCUGGGACUGCAGUGGUACCUCUGGUUAUGAACUUAAUUCAUUCCAGAGGUCCGUUCUUAACCUGAAACCGUUCUAAACCUGAGGUACCACUUUGGCUAAUGGGGCCUCCCACUGCCGCUGCGCUGCCAGCACACAAUUUCUGUUCUCAUCCUGAGGUAAAGUUCUUAACCCGAGGUACUACUUCCGGGUUAGCGGAGUCUGUAACCUGAAGUGUUUGUAACCUGAGGUGCUUGUAACCCAAGGUACCACUGUACUGGUUGCUGAAUUGUAACACUUGGACUGCAGGUGUUUUAUAAACCUAAAAGCAUGUAUGUACCCUGGAGUUGUUGGUUUCUUCCUGAACAGUAAUGACUUCAGUCACUGUGAAAUUUGGAGCACUGCUUUUAACUACCUCAGUGUUUCUCAAACUUGGGACCCUAGCUGUUGUUGGACUACAACUCCCACCAUCCCUAGCUAGCAGAACUGGUUGUCAGGAGUGAUGGGAGUUGUAGUCCAACAAGAGCUGGGGGGCAGGACCCAAGUUUUUUUUAAAAAUGAGGUAGUUAAAAGCAACGCUCCAAAACAUGUUUGGCCAGGCCACAUUCACACCAUACAUUUAAAGCACUAGGAUACCACUUUAAACAGUCAUGGCUUCCUGAAAAGAAUCCUGGGAGUUGUAGUUUGUUAAGGGUGCUGGGAGUUGUUAGGAGGCCCAUAUUCCCUUCACAGAGCUACAAUUCCCAUAGUUCACUGUGAAGUUGAUUGGGAAUUGUAGCCAUGACUGUUUAAAAUGGUAUCACAUUGAUUUAAAUGCCAUAUUAUAUAGAAUGAUGAUGCCUUUCUAGCAUAACAGCUUCUUGUUUCUAAAUCACAUGGCAAGAUCCAGGCCUUGUCUAAGCUGGUUCUUUCUUGGUUAUCUGAACACAAAAAUGCUGAGCUGCUGCCUUUCAUCUCUUACUUAAGUGCCUAUCAAGAUGUGAAAUGUUACUUUAAUGUGUUUGAAUUCUUUAAAAAAAAUAUUUGCAAAGGUAACAAAAACAAGAAAAGAAAUGUGUUUGAGUUGCAGCAAUCCCAGAAUACAUACAAACAUAUCCAGUUAAGGAGCUGGGACCGAGCAAUGGGAGCUCACCCCGUCGCAAGCUGUCUGCAGACAAACACCAGCCCCCUCGGCCAAUAGAAAAAGAUGAGCGCUGCAACCCCAGAGUCGUCCGCGACUGGACCUAACGGUCAGGGGUACCUUUACCUUUUUAUCCAGUUAAGAUUUAAGGUAACAUCCACAUAUUGAGCUCGGAGGAGGGGGGUUUAGGCCUAAUCUGCACUAUGUUUUUAAAGCAGUAUUAUGCCACUUUAAAACAGCCAUAGCUUUCCCCCCCAAAAUAAUCCUGUGAACUGUCAUUUGUUAAGGGUGCUGCAAGUUGUUAGUAGACCUCUGUUCCCCUCACAGGGCUACAAUCAGGGGUGCCUUGUGACAGUGCCCCCCCAAUCACUUUACCACGCACCUUUGUGCCAGAAGGAUGGGAAACUUCUGUAUUUGAUCUCACUUCAACAGCAGCGGUUUGUCACCAUGCAAAUAAACUAUAUGUCAUAAACCCCAUCGUAGGAUAGACUUCAGUGUAUACAGCCUAUUAAUCACUCCUGAGUUUUUAUGAAAGGAAACUUGACGAGCCAUUGUGGCAUAGUGGUUAGAGUGCAGGAUUAGGACCAGGGAGACCAGGGUUCAAAUCCUCCACUUGGCCAUUGUUAUAAGAAAAAACUGCUCCUUUUCCCUUAUGGGGUACCCAAGAGCCCAUAUAAAGUCCUUUUGUAGGUUUAAGGCAGGAUUUGUGAGCGAAGAGACAAUUGGAAGGGUUUUCCCAUUUCCUCCCUCCUUGCAGAGAAACAUUUGAGGUCAAUUUGGGAGAGACAAAAUGGUUUCAGGACUUUUUUCCUGUACUGUUUCAGACAUGCGGUUUAUAUAUUUAUAUAUGUGUUUGCUUGGAACAUUUAUUUUAUAUCUUAGACCUUAUAAUUCUCGUAACACCAUGAAAACAACUUGCAUACAAAAAUGUCUUAUAUUAGGGGCAAGGGGGGUGGACUGCUUGCAAUGUGUGUAUCAGUCACAAUUGUAUAUACAAAUGUGUAUAUCAGGCUAAAAUGCUGACAAAUUUUCAUGGGGAUUUAAAAUAAAUAAAUGAAUAUAUUGCUGAAGUAAUGUGGCGAGUUGGAUUUAGGAUUGGAAAGACAAGAAACUGCAAGAACUGUUCAUGCUGCCGUUUAAAAGAUAACUUGAGUUUAAUGAGCAAAACAGAUGCCUGGUGUGAUUUUAUUUCUUUAAAACUAGAAAAUAGCUUAAGGCUUAAGAGUGGUUCGGAGAGGCUUACAAAUCAUCAAGCAAUCAAUAAAUGAGAGUCUCUGCCCUCAGGUUUGCAAUUUAAAAAAAGACGCAGCACUGAAGGAAAAUGGUUUAGGAGAAAAGAGAGAGUGGCAGCGAAGCAAAGUUAUCAGUUGCAAGUUGUUCUAAUGAACAGCUAGAGUGAAGCAAUUCAGGGAAGGAGGCACAAAAGGUUCUAGACUCUUAGCUGUGCCCAUAAGGUGGCCCUGCUGCAUGGUUGCUGCCAGGUUUGGGCUGAAUAUGAUUCAGAUGGAUUGGGGAGGACAAGCUGAGACCUGCUGCAAGCUGCACACUCCUGAAGGGAGUGGGGAGAAGAUCAAGGGAGAGAAGGGUUGGAUCUCUUUUGCAGGUGGCUGGGGAUGAAGCCUGCAAAACAGCCUGACAGCCGCCAAUCUGCCUGUGGGGCACUUGUUAACACAGGGUGGCGGGGGAGGGAAAUGGGGAAUUCCUUCUUCCUGUCCCAGGGGAAUGAGUCCCUCAGGGUGGAAAGCAGGCUGAGCUGGGCUGGUUCAGUGUUGAAUGUUGAUUUUCUGGGAAGAGCGCUAGGCAAAUCCCGGGCUGGAUCUCUGGGUUGGAGUAGAGACCCGGUUCCUUGUUCCUUGGCGGGGCAAGGCACUCCUCCAUCCUCAAAACAGUGGGCAGGCCUGCCUGCCUGCCUUUCUUGGGGACGAGGCACAUCCCAUUCCACAAGCCAAGCUGUUUACUCAAAAUACCAUUAUGCAAAGCAAGGCAUUUAUGACCACAAACUAUUUGCAGAAACGUUUGCAUGCCUUUAUUGUAGAUGGAAGUGUUUGAAACGUGUUGGGUUGUGUGUGGAUAUGGUGGCCUAUGAGUUGCAGGGGCAGAGAGAAAAGCAGUUGAAGGAGCUGUGUGUGUUUAGCCCACAGUGUGUAUUUUAACAGAGGGGUUGGGAGCCUCUGGCCUGGGGCUGAAUGUGGCCCUCUAGGACUGUCUGUCUGGCCCUCAGGACUCUCUCCAGGCCCUACUGGCCCCACUCUGUGCCUUCCUUGAGUUCUUUCGCCUGGCUGACCUGUGAUAAUGGCUGUGGCUUGGCUGAGCUGUGCUUGCAGAAACUCCCUGCUCUUGCCCAGCUUGGAUGUCACCUAUGGUGCAUAGGGAAGAGUCCCACCCAUUUCUCUGCCCACUUUUGUCUCUGCCCCUUCUGCUUUUCCUCUGGACCCACCAACCACUGGAAUGUUGCCCCCAAAAAGUUACGUAUUAGAGAUGUAGCCCUCAGGCUGAAGAAAAGUUCAGAUGGAACAUACAGAAGCCAAAAAACAACAACGACAGAAGGUUUCUCCUGAUCCGUCGUCAUUUGAUGCUCUCUCUGCCACUGGCACAUGGUGAUAACCUGAAGGAGCAGAAAUAAUUUUGAAUGCUGCUUUAUAAAAAUGGAAUAAACGUGUCUGCUCCACCCCUUACUCAUCAAGCACUAUACCUGAGCAGCCAGGUGCAACCAGGCUGUCUCCUGAACCACCAGGUAUUGCCCUUUGCCCUCUGGUAUUAGGUGCCACAGCUCUCCAAUCAACCCUCUCUCUGUUUGAGAGAGCUUUGGCAGAAGUUUUGGGCAAGGGAAAAACAACCGAGACUGGCUUCUUUUUUUGUCAAGCAAGCCGGUUGCCUCAUUCUGGAGAUAAUGAUAUUUCUGGCUGUUUCUUAUGCAACCUUCCUCCAUCCAGUUGCCCAAGAAUGCACCAUAUCUUUCCCAACACAAGCUUCAGAGGGAAGCUAGAAACUAGAUUGCUGACUGUCCGAGAGGAGGUGGAUGGGGGCCGGGGGAGGUGACGUAGUCUUAGAUAAAAUGUGGUUGAUAUAACCCAGGGCCAGGGGUGUGGAACCUCAGGGCUGUGUGGCCCUUGGAAAACUUCCCCAAUCACAUUCUCUUCUCUACUGGCCACACCCCUCAGUAUGUUGCCUACAGGGCAAAGGAAACAUUCACAUUUAUUGCUCCACCCACUUUUGCAUGUGGCCCUCAGAAGAUUGUACAGAAGGGAAUGUGGCCCUCAUGCUGAAAAAGGUUUCCCAUCUCUGUAAAUAACCUAUAGUAAUGAAACAGCGCUGCCUGUUUAUAGUCCGUUCCUGUGAUUCAGUAAGCAAUAUUGCACACCCCUGAAAUUUCUUGCCACCCAUUGCAAACAAUGAGUACUGUCCUGACCCAAGACAUUUUUUCUGCACCAAAUUCCCCGCUCCUGGCAAGGGGUGGGGGGCUGUCCAUUACCCCUUGCUCUGAAAAAAAAUCCCGGAUCUGUACUUCCUUGCAUCUCACCAUAACCUACCCACUGCUACACUACAGAUUAUAGGACUGGGCCUAUGCUACAAAUGAUCAGAAUCUCUGUAUCUUGGCAUUCUUGACCAAAGUGAUUUUGAAAUGGGCAGGUUUAGUAAUUAACAGAGCCCCCCCCCCACAUGGCCCUUAAUAGGAAACACCUGCCGCAAUGUCUUUGUGAUCACCUGCAUAAUUGCUAAGCAGUGAGGCAAAAGUUGGAACAUGGACAAACCUUUUUGUUUAGUGCCUGAACGCUCUUUAAAUAACAAGCAAUGUUUAACCGUGUCUUGGGCUUGAACCUGAACCGGAGAAAUGUUGUGGGAAGGGAGCAGCAGACUGGAAGCUGUGAGCUGAGCCCGUGUGUGUGUGUGUGGAGGGAGAGGCUGUGUUUGUGCAGGGUGUGAUUCCUUGCACAGAGUAAACUUCAGGUGGCUGUAAAAAAGGAAAAGGAAAAGCCCAUUGAAAUCUCUCCAGCAUGCAGGUGUGUGUGUUUGCAAGUAGGAAUUCCCCAGAGUUCCAUCCUGGACUUGGGCAAGGGCUAGGCUGAAAAUGAAGGGAGUGCAUGUGUCUGCGAGGGACUGUAGCAGCUUUCCUGGGGAACCACAGACCCAGGAGCUGAAUGUGGCCCUCCAGAAACUCUCCAUCUGGCCCCUGGAACUUUCUCCAAGCCGCACCUCUCCCUGGCCCUCUUGCUUGUCUGGAAAGGGGGGGGGCUAGCCCAUUGUACAAAGGUAAAAGUUGCAUUAGUUGCCCCACCCACUUUUGCCUCUGGCCACAUGUGCCUCCCAAAAGGUUGCUCAGGAAAGAAUGCAGAUCUUGGGGUAUAAUGUUGGGCCUCCAGACCUACUCUAGGCUUAGGAAUCACUUAUAACACCCUAAAUAUGGAAAGAAAUGGAAUGUGACCCUAAAAGUAAUCCUACUUUCAUAACAUCUGAGCUGAGUGUCACCCAAUAAAGCUGAAUGGUGGGAGAUUCAGGACAGGCAGAGAGAAGCCUUUUUUCACACAGCCCUCGGGAUGGUCUCAAUUUUGUUUCUCCACUUUCCAGUCUUAAAUUAAGUUCUCCACAUGCUGCAGAAAUUUGCAUAAUAAUAUACAUAUAUAUUUAAUCCCUCCUGAAAAUUAACCAGCAUUUUAGUGCGGAUUUUUGGCUUUGGGAAGGCGGUGCAAGGGCUCUGGGAUGCUGCCAGAGCCUUCACAGCUUUUGCACAGAUGUGGUGGGAAUAAAUAAACCGAGAAUUGGUUUCCUCCGCUCUCCAUUUGUUUAUUUAUUUCCCACCCAGCCAUGCAAAGUUGUGGCUGUGUAAGUAAGUACCUACAACACCCAGGAUCAAAAGCGACAUGACUCUGAAUGGCAGUUACUGGGCAGCCAUUGCCUCAUAUAAUCUACUUGUGGGCUUCCCGUGUCCAUCAGCUAAUGUAGGGAUGUUGGACUAAAUGGGUGUUUGGCCUGAUCCAGCAGUGCUCUUCUUUUGGUGUUUUAAACUAAUCUGGGUGUUCACAUUGUCUGCUAUAGAUAAAGGCACAAACCACAUCACAUCCUGUGAUCUGUCAAACUGGGUUUCCUGCUUUGCUCCCUGUUUUGCGGGUUGGGGGUAGCAGAAGGUGUUUGUUGUACAAAUGUUUGCAUCCCACUGAAAAGGCACAACCUCCCUGUAAUUGUUCUGGAUGGCAGGAUUAUCGUCUCAUCUACAUGUUUGGGUGCUGAAUCGUCACCAGCGUAUUUCUUCCUUUCUCUCUCUUUUUUGAAUAUUCGAAUAUUUUUGAAGUAAUCUCUGAAUGCUUGAUAUCUGUAUUUAACAUGGGAUUUCAGUACUGGAUAACAUUCAGUUCAGAAGUGGUGGUCAGGGCAAGUGAAGAGGCGAUGUUAAUAUGACUUGAGUAAAAAUGCCUCUUCCAGAUUAUUGAGACAUGAACUUUUGUCGCUUAGGGGCUGUUUCAUCAGAUACAGGAAGUGGACCAAGAAAGUGGCAGGUUGAGGCAUCCUGCACAAUAGCACUAUGAGAAAGCAAGAACCCAAGGCAACAGGAAUGUGAAACCCACAUCCGCAUUAUUGUAGCAUUUUCUUUUGGUUUUUGCAUUUUUCUUGAUCUUUAGCUUCUCAGCCUCUAAAAUGCACCUUUUACCUUUGGAUUGGUAUAGGCUAACAGGGGUACACAUCUGGAAUACACAUCUAUAGAUCCUGUCCAAGGUAUUUUGGUGCCUAAGGCAGAUUUAUUUCCCCUAGUAUAGUGCAUUCUUAUUGUUCAUUUUCACUAAUAUGUAUUUGUAUGCGCAGUUUACUUUAGUAUAUGUAUUUUGUACACAUUACUGGAGUACAAAAUCUGGAGAAGUGCGAAUUACAAAGUGUUUCCCUGCAAAUUGUACUGGAAAGUGCAAAUUAGCUAGGUUUGCCUUUAAUUGAUAACUGAAUUGAAUAGACUACUUAACAUUUAGGGGAGGAAUUCAAAAUAGUGUAUGAGAUUUUUUUUUAAAUCCUAAAACAUCAUAAAAUUACAACAAAAUGCAAAUCCAUAGAACGACUGUUUAGAGUGGUAUGUUACAGCUUUAAAUGUAAAGCACAGGCAAGGCCUUAGUUCAGUCUGCUUGAAUUGCACCCCUUGAGUUGCACAGAAGCUGUUGCAAAGUGUCCUGCUUUAGGGUACUCCAUCUGCGUUUUUCUUCCACUGCGUUUCUCUUCCAUCUUCAGGAUACAGCACAGAUGCACUGCAAGUGUGCCUUGUUUCUACUCUAGCUGUGUCUCUUUCUCCGUAAACACAGAUGGGGUUGGAUAACUUGUUGUAGAACCCCUGCUGUAUCUAAUGGUUCCAUGUUCACAGUUUGGCCUUCCUUUGAAAAACCAUAAUCCAGAAGCAUUGUUACUUAGAUGCUUCCCAUCCUGUGGCUGUAGAAGCAUUUCCCGCCAGUGUACAGCUGAACUCCUGAAGCAGUUUCUUGAAGAGAUGCUUUGGGCUGCAGUUGCUACCAUCCUUGACCCAUGACCGUAAUGAUAGGAGGGCGUUGGACAAGGGGGUGUUUAAAAAUAAGGACAAGGAAUCCGUGUCAACAGAUUUCUUCUCAGAAAUCACCUGGGGAGACAUUCUCCACAAAAGCAGUACUUGGUAAUAGGAAACAAACCCUUUAGUUUAGGUACAUCUGUACAGCACAGAUGUAGAACGGUCUUGUUCGUCAUUCCCUCUUCCCUCAGGGAACUCUGGGAACUGUAGUUUUGUGGGGGGAGGGCUAGGGAUCUCAGAUAGCUGUCUCAGAGGCCCAGCCGACUGCAGUGCCCAAGGUUCUUAGGAACAAUUCAUGGCAGUUCAACUGAUUUUUAAAUUAACAUCAAUGUGUUCCGCUUGAGAAUGAGCUUCUGGCAUUAAAAUUGUGUCUUUCCUGCCUUUCUCUUUCAGCUGGUUGUGGCCUUGUCUCUCAAAAUGGUCGAUCAGGACGGAGUGUAG